AUGCCAAGUACGGGGUUGCCAGCUGCCCGAGAGCCCAGACCACCGGGACGGGAGGGGGGUGUCUCUGCAGAGUCCCAGAAGAUCAACAUACAAGGCAACCAUCCAUCCCUUCCCCAAAGUCUCCCUUCAACCUUGCCGGCUUUCGGCCAAGGCAUUAUUGCCCGGCCGUCCCUCCCCCUCGUCCGUUUCGAGACACGACGUGUCACAGACUUUCCCGCCCUCUGCAGAGCGCACCCUAAUCCUGAGUCGGGAUGGGAGGGAUGGUAA